GGGAGGAGCUACGACCCGCAGCGGAAUUGGUCGAAAACUACACAAGCCAGUUAUGCACCGCUAUCGUCGUUAUGGACAGCACCGCCGUUAUGGACAACCCUUCAACAAAUUUCAAAUCAACAUGGAAUCGAUGGCAAGCCUUGGCAGUAUUCGAGGCGAAUGUUGAUAAUAUAAACACCACCUCCGUUGACCACCUGUCAAAAUUAAUAAUUUUGGCACGUCAGGUGCGUCAGUCGUCGCUGUGCACAAUGGUAGUGGUAGCGAGUUUUGACAGGGAAUUCCUCGUCGCAUUCGCUCAAUGGUCCCUAAAGCUUCGGUUACUGGUGUGGACAACUAAGCUGGUGGUGGUGACUCAUCUCCCCUUCACACAACUUCAGGCCCUACUGCCAGCAUACUGGACCUUCUCCAUGAUGAACGCAGUUUUUCUCAAUAAGGAGGAGUACAUGAAUCACACCAAGUAUGGCGUGUACACUUACUUGCCAUACAGCCCGGCCGGUUCCCAGACAGUCAAGAUCGCUUUCUGGACAUCAGUUAACAACUUCACACCUCUCACAUCAGUGUCCUUCUUCCAAGAUAAAUUCGAAAAUUUCCACGGCGCUGCGGUGAACGUGACGGCCCAGCCCUACAUGCCUUACUGGGGCGAAGAACAAACAAAGGAGCCUGAUGGUUCCAGGAUGACCAUUUAUCGUGGCUCUGACUAUCGCCUGCUGGAAGCUGUUGCCUCAGUCCUCAACUUUAAAAUCCGGGUCAUUCCAACUUUAUCGUGGGAUGAUGUAACAAGUCUGGUCGAGAACCGCACUUCACUGAUAGCCUCCGUCAUUUAUGGGAUGCUAACUGUGCGAGCAGAAAGGUAUGACUUCAGUUUCAGCUACGCAUAUGGCCAUAGGUCGUUUGCUAUGGCUAAACCCAACCUGGAGGCUCGAUGGACGAGCUUGUACUAUCCUCUGGCAAGGGAAGUGUGGAUGUCACUUCUUGUUCCACUUUUCCUCGUUCCUUCCCUUUUGAUUUUGUUCACACGUGCUGACCAUGAUGGACAAAAAAGGUACACGGGUAUAGAGGCAGUAUUGCAGAACAUGAUGGGAAUGUUGUUAGGCCAAAACCUUCCUCAGCGACUGUCCAGCACCUCUUCCAUUCGUAUCCUGGUAGCUUCGUGGCUGAUCUUUGCAUUUAUCCUGGCAGUAGCAUAUCGCAGCAACUUAACUGCCUCUCUUACUCUUCCUAAGUAUCCUCCACGUCCAGAAACGCUUCAGGAGGUCGUCGACACUGUUGACAUUGUCACCGUACCACCCUAUGGUGAACAAUACCGGAAGUUCUAUAGUGAGUCAAAUUCUCUCCUGUUUCAAGCGUUGGGCAGAAUAAUGCAACCCGGACCCUCACUAUUGGAAGGGCUCAAGAAUGCUUUAGUAAAGAGAAGCAGCCACGCAGAGGAAAAAAAGUAUCUUCAAUAUGAGAUCAUGGACAAAUUUACGGAAGAAGACGGCAGCACUCGUCUCUACGUUAGUCGUGAGUCCCUUUUUUCGGCGCCUUCUGCCUGGCCCAUCCCUCACGACGCGCCAUACAAGGCUCACUUGGAUAGGCAACUGUUAGCUGUCUUAGGGGCAGGUCUCUAUGAUAAGUGGACAGCCGAUAUACUAACACAGACUAAACUUAGUAGUCAACGAAGGCAACGACAACGUCAGGCCGCUGAUCAGCAGGAGCGGGCAGUAGAAACUAAAGACAUGAGCAAGGAAGGGACUCCGAUCCUUACUCUGAGCCACACGCAAGGCGGAUUCAUCCUACUGAUGGCGGGCCUCGGUCUUGCUACCUUUGCCUUUAGCUGUGAAAUGCUGCCUUGUACUUAACUAAAUAAAAAAAUCAUGCAGA